AUGAUAGCGUCCAAUGAUGAGAAAAUAAAGGAACUCGACGUGAACAUAAUGAAGAUUCAGGAAGAAAUUACUAAAGAGGUUGUUAAAGAAAUUAAAAAUUAUUUAAUGAGAGCAGUGGAUGAUUUUCUGACCAGCAAGCUUCAUCCAUAUUUGAAACCAUUCCAGCAACUGCAGGACAAUCUAACAGAUUAUAAACACAAAUUAGAGGAUGUCAAAUACUUAACUGAUAAUGAGAUCGUGGAAGAUAAAGUCCUGGUUGAUUUCAAAAUAACGAAAAAAUUUGAGUAUCCAAUUUAUCAAGUAGACUACCAGAAGAUGCAAGACAACUUUCGGCUGUUUCCACAAAUUUUUCAAAACUCAAUUAAGAAGAUUUGCGUUGGACAUGACUUCAUUACCCGGGUUGAAGAAAUCAAAUGCGAAGUGCCUGUGACGUGUUUCACUAUCUCAAACGACAAACUUUACAUUUGUUCAAGAAACAAGUUUAUCACAAAAGACCUCCUUAAUCCCAAAGAAGUUUCAACAGAAAAUAUCAAUGGCGGCUUUGAAUAUCCAGCAGACAUUUUGAGUUGUGAUAAUAAAUUUUAUUAUUUUUGUGACGUUAAGAGUCUAAACUCUGGGAUGGGAAACCGUUACAAUCCUAAUUUGAUAUUGAAAGUUAGAAGGAUAGUAAAUGGUUCAGAAUUCCUAAAAAUAGAAGACAUAGAUUGCUUUUCUCUUGCUGGGAAAAAAAUUUUGGCUGCUCGUCUCGGCGAAGUUUUCGAAAUUGAGAGUAACUCUCUGCAAAAAUCAAGCAUUUUUCAUAGGUACAUUGGUAGAAAUAUGAACAUUUUUUAUGUUUUAAAGAUGAACUGUGGAAAACUUGUGAUAGCCUCACAGAGCGGUCUUGAUUUAGUCAUAUGUAACAACCUUCCUAUAAACACACGAAAUGUUAUUGAUUUAGAUUCGGGACAGGCUGCACAACAAACUCUCACUUGGCAAGCACUUUUCAAUGUUUUAGGCGUUCAAAUUUCCCAAACACGUCGCAGCUUUUUAGGCCAGAAUUUAACCGAAAUUUAUAAUUAUACCGGAGUGACUACCGGAGUGACAAAAGCUUACUUGUCUCAUGACAUUUACGACAAUAUAUACGUCAUCGGUGAUUGCUUUCAAAAUAAUAUUUUAAUCCUUGAUCGAAAUCUAAACUUUUUAUCGAAAAUACAAACAGAUAUAAAUCCUCAAAAGAUCCUAAUAACUAGCCAAAACAAACUGUACGUUAGUUAUGUCGGCGGUUACGUUAUCUCCGUAUACAAAAUCAAAGGAACAGAAACUGAAGAACCGCUGAGCUUAGAAACUGAAAAAGAAGAAGCCGAGGCGUUAUUAAUCAAUUAA